GUUAUGGAUUUUUCACAUAUGCUUUACUUAAUCACACCAACGUCAAGAGGAUAAUUGCCGUCGAAAAUCAUAUUCAAAGUGUCGAAAGGAUUAAAGAAUUAUCAAAGGAAUCCGAUGGCCGAUUAGAGGUGCUGGUGUCUGAAAGAGAGUCGGAAACGUUUAAACAGUUGAAAAAAAAAAAUUUAACUGUGCAUCCUUGGAAAGAAGUUCAUCCAUCAUUGUUUGCUGUGGUCCACGUGCCUAAUAAAUUCUCGGGCGCAAUCAUGAUAAAAAAUUAUCUGAACCAAUUUCACGAUAGAACUGGGUUCCAAUCGUUUGGUCGAGUACGAAUGAAUUUGAUCACUCCUGCGUAUGUGGCUGAGAAGUUAGAAGCAUCAGUAGGUGAUAUCAAGAGAUGCAAAUCAAGCUUGUUGAGGGAAGCAUUAUCUGACUUGGAAAUGUUGAUGGUGAUUCCGAACGAUGUCUAUGCUCCGAAG